GAGAAUUUGGAUGCAUUGGAGGCAAGCGCGCAAGAAGAGUUGGUUCCGCAUGCUCCAGAUGGCUGCGAUCUUCAACGAGGCAAGAAGAAGAAGGCCUGGACAGGCCUCAUCCUUGACCCUCAAGGGCCGUUUGCAGAACAAGGCGCUCCUCGCGAGGCGCUCACGAGAGAGGCUACGGCAGAGCAAGAGGUCAAACAACGUCUUCCCCAGACCAUAUCACUAUGGGAGGACAUGCUGGCGAGCAAUGUGAUGGUGUUUCCAUCAACGAAGCGGCAAGGCCUCGCACUCUUUCCGACGAAAGCAUUCGAGCCCGGAGAGGUGGUCAUCGAAUGUUCAGGAAAGUGGGAGAACGCAAAGAGUGUUCACACAGGUGUGCUUUGCCAAUUUGAGAGCCAGUCUGGCACUGUACAAACUGCUUUAGGGCUGCGGCAGAAUGCUUCUCGUGACCUCCUGUGUCACAUUCACCUGAGUGGGGCAGCCGAAGGUCUGUCUGUCUUGACAGCGGAAUGGAGAUUCUCCACGCGACAGGACCCAGUGAUCAUUUUCCGAUCCUGUGGCCGGAUCGAGCCCUUUUCCACUGAGCUCGCUUUGGAGUGGACCAUCAAGGGUCGAGCCACCAAAGGCCAAAAGGCUGAACCUGAGGCAGGGUCGCAACUUCGACGCUUUACUGUGAAGCUGACAAGAAUGUGUAAAUGCGCAGUGGAUGCCUCUACAGGCCCAGACACCUCCAGCCUCAG